AUGGCGGCGAUCAAGGCCUACGUUCCCCGCAACUCAUCCCUUCCCCCGUCGUCGAAUGCCGGCUCGCCCUCCCCAUCAACGCUUCCUAAACGUCCCGCGUACGUGCCUCGGUCUACAACGCAGUCGCCGAGUGCCAGCGAUACUCUGAAGAACGAUGCCGAGCAGAUUCUCAAGCUUCUGGCGAAGCUUCCUGCGCCUCUGACCUCAUCGCUCCCCAAAACAUUCGUCUCAUCUCCCCGUCCAGCCAGCCAGAGCUCAAUAGGCAGCUCCAAGUACUCAUCGUUCAAGGCGUUUGCUCGUGCUGUGAAGCGAAAGAGCUCUGAUGACGACGAAUCGAAUGGGCUGGGAUUGAGCGGUACGGGGUCGAGCAAGCGACCGGAACUGAAGCGCGCUCGCACGGAUAACUCGGCUACCGGUCCGGCUGCUACUCCGUCCUCCCACGAAUUAACGCGCUCAAUAUCGGCCACCAACAGCAGCGGUCUCACGCCUCCCACAAGAUCGGCACACUUGUCGUCACCGCACCGACCUGCACGUAGCAGUUUGCGACAUGAGAUCAAGGAGCGCAAGGCCGGGCAGGGAACUGCCGAUUGGUCGAAGGACCAAUGGAGCAGUCUGUUCCAGAGCUUGGGGACUCGCGCGCACUCUCUCAAGCGCUACGGCGAUGCGUUCCUCAACCCCGCAGGUGCCAAGGGGCAUCUGCGAGGCCGCGUGAGUGAGGACCCGCUGCGUGCUGUUCUCUACCUCACCGACUCGCUGUGUCUGUACCUCUUCCGCAUCUUUUGCGAGGAGCGCAUGUAUGGUUACACCAAAACCGACUCUAUCGUCCAGCUCGACGGACUUCGCGGCUUCAUCGCAGGGCGAUGGCAGAGCCGGCUCAAGUCUGACGAUGCGCACCGAGACCUUAUCCGUGGCAUGAUCGGAUUCAUUCGGAGGGCUAAGGACCUCUCGACUCCCCAUUCCUCGAGCGCCCCACUGGCCAACGGCUCGGCGAAUGGAACACACGGCUCCUCCGCGUCGAACCACGGACCGUCACCAGCUUCCUCGAGCGCCUCUCCAGGUGCGCUGGCUCGCUCGCCUGCGUCGACGAGCUCUGAGAUCCCGCCAGACGUUCUCAAGCUCUUGACGACGACCGCUUCUGCCUCCACCAAUGCUUCGAAGGCUAUCCUGGCGUCGCGUCAUCACCUCUCGCUCCGCACCUUGCGCAACUCGUUCCCUACCACCUGGGAUCGCGCGGUCAACUCUGAGCUAGCCGAGGACAUUAUGCCCGCGCCCGGCGACUCGCUCGGCUGCGCCCGAUUCCUCGACAUUGACGAUCCAGACACGUUCGCCUGGCCGAUUGAGCUCGGCAUGCAGAACGCCAUCGCUCACGUCGCCGUAUUUGGACGCGCGCUCGUCCGAGAGUUCUCGGAGGUCGCAGGGAAGCCAUGGGAGGCGGUACUCACUGAGGCCGACAGCCCUGACGCCCGGUAA